UGUAGGGCUACCCCGUCCGGCUGUCUCGAGCCUGAGCGUCAGAAGAGCAGAAGACGUUACCUAAACAUGGCUUUAAACCGGAAUCACUCUCAAAACGGCGGCGUUUUGGUAAACAACGGAGAAAGUGUUUUGAGGGAUUGCAAGAACGUUGAGCUGUCAUUCAGCGAUGUUACCUGUAAGACCGACCUGCUGAAGGGGACCAAGAAGGGAACUGUGUACCUGACACCGUACAGGAUGGUGUUUGUGUCCAGUAACACAAAGGACUGCCUGGGUUCAGCCAUGUUCCCUUACUAUCUGAUGAAGGGCUGCAGCAUUGAGCAGCCAGUCUUUGCAGCUAAUUACAUUAAAGGGACAGUGUCAGCUGAGCCUGGUGGUGGCUGGGAGGGACAGGCCCAUUUCAAAAUGUCGUUCCCCAGUGGAGGAGCCAUCGAGCUCGGACAGCAUCUCUUCAAACUGGCUACAAAUGCUUCUCGUGCUGCCCCAGCUCAAAACGGUGCAUCCUCCUUUGGCUAUCCUUCUCCUGGAAUGAUGAACGGUUACGGCCCACCUCCACCAGCUGCUCACGGAUACCCUUUCCCCCCUCCUCCUCAGCCGAAUGGGUUCUACCAGGGCCCUCCUCCUCCUCCUCCUGGCAACAUGGGCUACCCUUCUCCAACACCUGCUGCAGGAAUGUACCCAGCUGGUUUUGACUACAUGGCCCCCCCACCUCCGUACCCUGGACCGCCCCAAAAUUGGGCUGCACCUCCCCAGAACUGGGCAGCAACAGCACCCCCACCACCAGCACCUCCAGGUAACUCCAAGGCAGCUGAAGCAGCAGGCAGCGCAUACUACAAUCCAAACAACCCACACAACGUCUACAUGCCCAUGGAGCGACCUCCUCCAUACGCACCAUUUCCAGACUCUCCUGAGAAGAAAAACAACUGAAGCUUGGGCUGGUCACUUCAAUGACACUCCUCUCUCUUCCUCUGUCUCUUAAAUAUAUCUUAAAGCAAGAAAUAAAGUUGGUGGAAUCCUGCUGGAUUGUCGAAUACAGAAAGGAAAACGCAUGUAAUUGAAAAAGAGGGCUUGAAGAUGUCAGUGAUGAUUCAUAGAGGAUAUUUUGGAUACUGGCAUAGCAUUUAGAACAAUCACAUCUUUCAAAUACUGUUCUCCUCUUUUACUUCAGCUUGUGCAAAAUUAUGACAACUAAAGUCAAUCAUUUUAACCAUUUUUCAGUCAUUUUACUCUGCUAAAUUUCUUGUAAGUAGGUAAGAAGGAGUGUGCAGAGCUGAGAGUAAGAGUCGGUAUGAGGAAUGUAUUUUCUAAGACAUUUUGUAGUAAAAACUUGAUUGCAGUUUCUUUAGUUAAUAACAUACUCCACUUGUAUUCCACAGUAUUUUUGCAGUGCUUUGAGUUUGCUUUGGUUGUUAACCCAUCUAGAACAUCAGAGCUGGGUUGCAUCACAGCAUAUCCUAACAGCAUGCAAGCGUCAGAUAUCCCUUCGCUUUACAUCGUGCAGCAUCAGACACUCGCUGUCCACACUGCAUCUAUUAAAUGUUUGAUUUUCUGCUCUAUAAAUAUCAGUUUCCCCUUAGACAGUGCUUUUAUUUUGAAAGAAACAGAGGCAUCAUGCUUGGCUUUGAUGACAUUUGAUGGGGUAGAAGUGCAUAGUUUUGCCUCCUUGUCACCACAAGACAGCACAUUUCAAACACUGAGCCAUGAUUAUCACUCAUGCACCGCUAUCUCCACUCCGAGCUGCUGGAGCUUAAGCAUUCCACUUCUUUCUUCCAUGUCAAUGCCAGAGACAGAAAGGAAAACAAAACAAAGCAUUGGGGUAAAAGUGGCGCAUCUGAACCUGCUGCAUACUGGACACUACAGUAGGGAUCAUUUCCAAAACACUGAUUUUGUUGGCUGCUUCACAUGCUGUUAGGACAUGCUGAAAUUUCAAUAGCAUAUCGGACAGAUUCUUAAAAUCAGCAGAUUAAAGUUUCCCUCUUGUAUGACCAAUAUGAAAGCAGUUAUAUUGAAUAAUAACAUUCUUUGUGUGCAGAAAACACAAUUCUUUCAUAAAAUAAAAUAGGCUUUUGUUUUUAGAAAGAGAUUGUGAAAGCAUAUAGAUUUCUUAAGCGUGCAAUAUUUAAAACCUGACAUAAGAAGGUUGAAUUAUCGAGCCGGGGUCUCCUGAAUGACCUUGACUUUUCCUCUAGCUUCUGGUGUAUUCAUGUAUGCCAAGCUGGGCUGAAACCAGAACUACUCUUUGUAUAAUUACACAGUGUGAGGUUUCAGGGGCCCCGGUGAUACAUAAAGGGGCCCAUCAGUGUUUUACUGGCUCUCAACUAUGUAUUCCUUUUUUAAAGGGGGUUUAAGGGAUGUCUGAUGACAUCCCUCCUCUUUGUGUAUCAGUUAACAGCUGUGUGAAGGAUGAUUUAUUUGAGUUUGGGUUAAAAAUUGCAUAAAUUAAUCAAAUGUCUGUAUGUUUUUUUCUCUUUUGCAGUUCUUAUUCUUCUUCUUGAAUUUUGACUGUCAAUUAAAACGGAAUAAAUAAGAUGUUUGUUGAA